AUGUGUGAUGGGCCGCCACUGGCCGAGGGUGAAGGGAUGUGUGAUGGGCCGCCACUGGCCGAGGGUGAAGGGAUGUGUGAUGGGCCGCCACUGGCCGAGGGUGAAGGGAUGUGUGAUGGGCCGCCACUGGCCGAGGGUGAAGGGAUGUGUGAUGGGCCGCCACUGGCCGAGGGUGUAGGGAUGUGUGAUGGGCCGCCACUGGCCGAGGGUGAAGGGAUGUGUGAUGGGCCGCCACUGGCCGAGGGUGAAGGGAUGUGUGAUGGGCCGCCACUGGCCGAGGGCGAAGGGAUGUGUGAUGGGCCGCCACUGGCCGAGGGUGAAGGGAUGUGUGAUGGGCCGCCACUGGCCGAGGGUGAAGGGAUGUGUGAUGCGCCGCCACUGGCCGAGGGUGAAGGGAUGUGUGAUGGGCCGCCACUGGCCGAGGGUGAAGGGAUGUGUGAUGGGCCGCCACUGGCCGAGGGUGAAGGGAUGUGUGAUGGGCCGCCACUGGCCGAGGGUGAAGGGAUGUGUGAUGGGCCGCCACUGGCCGAGGGUGAAGGGAUGUGUGAUGGGCCGCCACUGGCCGAGGGUGAAGGGAUGUGUGAUGGGCCGCCACUGGCCGAGGGUGAGGGGAUGUGUGAUGGGCCGCCACUGGCCGAGGGUGAAGGGAUGUGUGAUGGGCCGCCACUGGCCGAGGAUGAAGGAAUGUGUGAUGGUCCGCCACUGGACGUGGGUGAGGGGGAUGUGUGA